GACAGUCAGUGUUGGUCAAGAUUAAGCUCGGUGCGGGUAUGUGUGUAUUUGUGCGUUGUGUCGACCAUGGCUUGCAGUGAUUUGCUUUAAUUAGUGAUACCAGAAGCUCUUUGGGACUGGCCCUCAAUUCAUGAAGGUGGCCUCGAGAACCUGCCCUUCAUGUCCCCUUGUCGACCUCCAGCUUCCCAUCCGCCGGUGCUCUUGGAUGAAAAAGAUGAGUAGACGCCGCAGAGGAAGACACGCUCACGCUGCCACGCCUCGUCCUAGUCCCGUCACAGUCGCACACAACAGCAGUACAUAAUUUGGCAGACACCACUUGGUAGACGCGCCUGAGUGAAUGGGACCAUAACAACUCUCAUGAUAGUAAUGGAGGUAAUGAACCAGUCCACUACGCGCCAUAAGAGGGUGCUGCUGACCCCGAUUCUCAGUAAACGACGCCUCCAAUCCACAAGAUGAGGAGGCGUGGCCGCUAAUGGACCCUUGCUGUCUGCGGGACAAAUGCAUUUCCUGUGAUUGUUGCGGGAACAAGUGAAUUAAAUCUUGGAACAAAAUAAGACAAGGACAUGCUGUCGAGACAGAAAAAAAAAAAAAAUGUGGCGUGCAUGGUGGGUCAGCGUUGUCUCCCCGGCAGCAGCACAACACGGUCAACAUGAGGCUGCCAGCAACUUGCAAAAAAAUAAAAAAUAAAAAGUAUCCACUGCCUCGCCCUCCUCAACACUGUCACGCAGCAAGCAUCACGUGCGGGUGCAUCAGUGAGGAGUGAGCAGCACGUGUGAGAAAACUGCAGGCAUCGGCACCCAAGCAGAUGACCUCACCGAGCCUUCCUCUGCCGCCCGACAAUGCCCUCAAGGUAACUGUGUGGCGCAGCACCUUCCUUGACACAGCCUGAGCGACGCGUUGCUCCCAUCACAGUGACACCACACAACUCGCCAGUGGGGCAGCACCACACCAUUCACUGCAGGGUUUUGGACCUGUUAAGGCAAAUUUGAUUACUGUAAACACCAUAAAACCACCUCAACACGCAGGGGGCUUCCGGCGUUGUCUAUUGCCGGACUUGGGGCACUCACUAGGCAGGCGGACAUAAGUGGAUACGGACGCCACUCGUGCUCGUCUUUCCACCUCGCGACGCUUGGACGAAGUUGCAACGCGAUUUAUUCCCCGUUGCAUGAAAGUAUCGCUAUUGGCUGCAGCACAAGACAUCCCAGGCUCGUCCAUCCCCUUUCUGCUUCCCACUACGCGGCUUUGUGACAACGAGACUUAAGAAAUGAGCCCUCUCAAUUCCGAGACGCCCACACUGCCAUCUGGUGCAGGAAACGACGGGCAGCCCCACGCCAAGCAAGACGCAAUGGAAGUCAAGGCACGGCAGCAGGACGUCAACGGGACAGCCUCUCACUCUCUCUGGGUGGACGUGAAUGCUCACCAAGAGGUAAAGCGCGUGGUGGUGCUGGGCAGCGGGGACUUCGGGCUGGCGCUGACCGGCAGGCUGGUGCAGGCCAACUACCAGGUGGUGGUGGGCAGCAGGAACCCGCAGAAGACCAGACCCCGGGCAUCGGGCAUCGGGGCGACAGUGAUGCAGCACGAGGAGGCGCUGCAGCAGGGCGAGGUGGUGGUGAUGGCCGUGCCCUUCACCCAUGUGGCCUCCCUGCCCUUGCAGCAACUGGCCGGCAAAAUUGUCAUUGACGUGAGCAACAGGACCCCCGCCACAUCCAGUUCUCUGGGGUCGUUGAGUCAGGCGGAGGAGCUGCAGGCGCUGGUCCCCGCCGCCAGGGUGGUGAAGGCCUUCAACGUGCUGUCCGCCUACGCCCUCACCCGCGGCAAUAUGGGCAGCAAGGAGGUCCCUGUGUGCAGCGAUGACGAGGCUGCGCGGCGUCGGGUCUGUGAGAUAGCCCGCGACCUUCGCUUCACGCCCCUGGACAUGGGCCGCCUUUCCAACGCCCAGGAGGUGGAGGCCAUCCCACUCAGCUUCUUUACCGAGUGGCGCGGUGGAUUCUUUACCUCCCUUGCUGUCUUCGUGUUUUAUUUCCUCCUCCUCCUCUUUGAGUGGCAGCUGUGUAGCCACCUGCAGCACCCCAGCAACGACUGGUCCUCCCUCAACCGCCUCGUCUCCAGUAACGUGUCCAUUGCCUGUGCCGACACCGCCCUCACCCUGCUUGCCCUCUGCUACCUGCCAGGUGUGCUCGCCGCCUACCUGCAGCUCUGGCGCGGCACCAAGUACUCACAGUUCCCUGGCUGGCUUGACCUCUGGCUGAAGAGCAGGAAGCAUCUCGGCCUGCUCAUGCUGCUCAACUCCCUGCUGCACGUUAUCUUGAAGCUUGCCGGUAGUCCUCUGUCUUGGAAUGCAGACUGGCGGCGCAACGCCUUCGUGGCCUCGGGUGUCUUUGCGUUGGUCUUGGCGGGCAUCCUGGGCCUCACGUCGCUCCCCUCCGUGGCUGGCAACAUGACGUGGCGAGAGUUCUCCUUCGUGCAGAGCGUGCUGGGCUGGUUCACGCUGGUACUGGCCACGCUGCACCUUGUCUUCUCCGGCUGGGACAUGCUCUUCAAGCCAGACUUUACCUGUUACCUCCCCUCCAAUGGCCAGUUCGUGAUGGUGCUCCCGCUGCUCACCCUUGCCCUCAAGCUGCCCCUCCUGCUGCCCUGCGUGGACUCCAUGCUCCAGAACAUCCGCCAGGGAUACGACAGGACUCCCUCCAGGACCAACAACAAUUAACUUGCCAAGGACAAGGUGCCAAGACGCGCAUAUUCACGAACGAGCAGCGAGUGACUGCUGGCGUGAGGCGUUUCAGCCGUUGAUUCUUUUAUUGAUUUUUUUUCAAUGCACUUUAACAUUUGGCGAAAGUUCCUUGUCUGCUGCGUGUGGGUGAGACGCCCACCGGCAGCAUCGGGACGAGCAUGUAUUGUGUUAGAGGCAUUGCGGGGCGCCCGGUGAGUGCCGGCCCCCGAUUGCUGGGGCUGCCGUGAAGCAGUCACGCAGCCACCAUGGAGGUGUUUGUAGCACACCAGGACGCCUCACACUGGUUCAUUAUUAUUUUGGACGUAUACUUAAUGGAGCGUGUCUGCUCUGCCUAGUUGGCGACAGGCACGCUGCUGGUGCCGCGAGGAACGGGGGGUUUGUUCCUCCAGUAGGGCCGCGGCACCAGGCGAGGCAGCUCUUCAGGGGACAGAUCCUCGUCCUCAAACCACACACUCUUCUCGGCGUGCGUCCCCUCGGGGUGACCGCAAGACUCACGCGACCACUUGUCUACACCUCGUGAGGCGCCCUCUGGCAAUCCUGCAUCUGAGAGGUCGUCGCCAGAAGAGUCGUGGUGGGCGAUGGGACCCACGCCUGGCCACUCGCUUGUCUCGGGGUCCCGGGAAGGUUUGGACGACCCUCGCAGUCGUUCCCUCCUCCGCUCAGCACGCCGCAGGAUGAGGUCAAACUCUGGCCGGCGCAGCGCCCCCAGCACGAAGCGCGGCCCCGUAGCGGGCGCCUCUGUAACACGCGCCAUUUCAGUAACAAAAUUUACACGUGUUCCACCCAUUUCAUAUUUUUCAGGAAUGGUAAUAAAGCACAAAUACUACUUGACUCAUUAUGCCGAGGCGGUAAUUAGCCUGGCCUUCACUCGUGCCACAGCUGCCGCUGCAAAGGCUCUCUGUUAUUACUGAAUUAUACCUAUUGUUGUACAUUGUACACCGAGGGAAGUCUUACCGUGGGCAAGGUCUGCGGGGGGUGACGGGGAUGAAGAGCAGAUGAGGCUCAGGCUGGAUGGGCGCGGAGACCUUGCUGCCGCUGGUGGAGGGGGCGGCGGGAGGCUGCUGGCUUGUCUCCCUUUAUGAAGGAAUGCCACAGUAUAGCAUUAUUAAACUCUCAUAAAGUACAA